CGAAGCCUGACGGUCUUCUCAUUUCUUUCGGUCGCUGACGAUAAGUUUUCGACUUCUCUUCUCUUUUUCGAUCUCUCUUUUGUUCGAUCAAUCGAUCUCAGUACUCUCAAUGGCGGAUCAGCUGACGGAAGAUCAGAUCUCGGAGUUCAAGGAGGCCUUCAGCUUGUUCGACAAGGAUGGAGACGCUAAAGAAGAAGCAGCUCAUCAGCACCAAUUUAUUUUGCAUGCUGCUUUAGAUAUUGUUCAGGACCUUGCAUGGACAACAAGUGCCAUGUUUUUGAAGGCCAUUGACAGGUUCAAUGACUUGGUGGUGUCUGUGUAUGUAACUGCUGGUCACACUAGAUUGAUGCUGCUUCAUGAUUCACGUAAUGAGGAUGGGAUAAAAAGUUUUUUCCAAGAGGUUCAUGAGCUUUACAUUAAGAGAACCUUGAAUUUGUUCAAUAAAUGGCACAGACGAAUUCUGACGAGAAAGCAAGCGCUGCUGCUGAAGCUGUUGUUGCUGUUGUUGCUGUUGUUGUUGCUGCUGCUGAAGUUGCUGAAGCUGCUGCUGCCGAAGCAGUUGUUGCUGCUGCUGCUGAAGCUGUGAUUUUGGUUGAUUCUGUAAUAUGUUUAUACUGUUCAUGCCUGAACAUUUGAAAGAUGGGAAAUAAGUAGACUAUGGUUGUGCUACUAUUUUGUUUAUAGACGAACUUACUACUCUUCUAGUUUAUCAAGUAAUUAAGUAGAUUGUCCUUACUAAUCGUGAUCGUGUUGCUGAUAGUUAUGAUGGCGUUUAUAUCAA